AUCCCAUCCUCUCAUUGUCUUCCUCCUCAUUCGUUUCUCUAUUUCUUUUUUCUGGUACUUGCAUUAAAAUAAAAUCAUAUACCCCUGGAGACAUGCCUGGCCACAAGAACCGCCCCCCAAGGCUCAGCCUCCCCUUGACAAAGCUCAAGAGCCAUUACGAUGUUAUCGUUGUCGGAUCCGGCUACGGUGCCUCAAUUGCUGCCUCGCGUCUCGCCCGUGCUGGCAAACGUGUUUGUAUUCUCGAGCGAGGCGAGGAGCGUUGGCCUGGCGAGUACCCCGAGGACACCCUCAAGGCUGCAUCCGAGGUUCAGUUCAAUGGCGAGCAUGGUCAUGAGGGCAAGAAGACGGGUCUCUACGAAAUCCACAAGAACAAGGACCAAUGGGCAUUCGUCGCCUGCGGUCUCGGAGGAACAUCGCUGUUGAACGCCAACACAGCCCUCAGGCCCGAGCCGCGCAUCUGGGACCAGGAUGCGUGGCCCGAGGAGAUCAACAAGGAUAAAGAGCUCCUGGAGCAGUCGUUUCAACAUGCUAUUGACAUGCUGCAGCCGACUCCCUACCCAGAGGAUUGGCCUGUCCUGCCAAAGCUCGCCACCCUGGAGGCCCAGGCCAAGGGCGCAGGAGUCCACGACAAGUUUGUGCGUCCACCAAUCACCGUGCACUUCAGGGAAGCGCUCAACCCCGCGGGAGUCUUCCAAAAGCCAAGCACCCUCACGGGUAACGACACCACAGGAAUCAACGACUGGAGCAAAAACACCACCCUCAUGAACUAUAUCCCUGACGCAUGGAACCACGGCGCCGAGAUCUUCACCUGCUGCAAUGUCGUCCGUGUCGAGAGAUCUAACACGAAACCUAACCAGCCGGCGCCCUAUGUCGUCUAUUUUGAGUGGCAGGAGCCGAAUCGUGAGGUCUUCUUGCACGGACAUGGGUCCUCCAUCGCACCCAUGUUCGUCACAGCCGAUAUCGUUGUUCUUGGAGCCGGAGCAUUGGGGUCAACGGAGAUCUUGUUACGGUCAAAUAGGUCUGGACUGCAGACAUCGGAUCAACUGGGCAAGCGCUUUAGCGGAAACGGCGACUUCCUUGCAUUUUCCUAUAAUGGCGAGACCCUCGUCAACGGAGUUUCAAUGGGAGAUGAAGACCCCAAGAAGUUCGAGAACAAGGUCGGCCCCGUCAUCACAGGGCUCAUCGACUACCGCGACACACCCAAUGUCAUGGAUGGAUAUGUGGUCGAGGAAGGUGCUAUCCCUGCCCAGGCUGCACUGCUCCUGAGAACCAUCUACCAGUUCAUGAGCGAGAAAUCAAGCAAGUCGAUCAAGACCGCCCAGGAUUUAUCCUUCCAGGAAAAGAUUGGUAGAAACGCACGCGAGCUGUCGUCUUAUGUCGCUGGCGUGUAUAGAGGAGCCAUGGCCAACACACAGACAUUUUUAGUCAUGUCUCACGAUGAAGCUCGCGGUGAAUUGAGCCUUCAGGACGAUCGCGUUCGUAUCAACUGGCCCGGCAUUGGGACCACCCGCAACUUUUCGCGACUUGAUCCGCUGUUGGAGACCUUGGCGGAGGCUGUUCGCGGAACCUAUGUUCGUGACCCAUUGACUUCGGCCACAGAGGAUGCUGUGGUCACUGUCCAUCCUAUCGGAGGCUGCAGUAUCGGUCGUACGGGCGCUGAAGGCGUCAUCAACCACAAGGGUCAGGUCUUUGCCGGUCAGGGCGACGAGGUUUACGAAGGCUUCUAUGUUAUGGAUGGCGCUGUCAUGCCUAUGUCCUUGGGUGUCAACCCCUUCUUGACUAUCUCAGCCCUUGCAGAACGCGCAUGUACUCUGUUGGCCCGCGAUCGCGGCUGGACAAUCAAGUAUGAACCCACCACGCAGCCUAUCGAUUUUAAGACGCCGCAGUUCCCCAUUCCGUACAACGAACACGAGACGGAAGCUUAUGCGUGGGCGCAAAAGCUCAGAAAGUCGGCCCUGAAGGACGUUGCAGAAGCGGAGGGCGAAGUUCGUGGUCUGAUUGUCACGGAGCACUUCCCUGGUGACAGCAGCGACUCUUCAAGCGAUUCUGAUGACGGGGCUAAACCAAGCAGAGUACUUCCCUCUGUUUUCUCGUCCUGGGGCAAGUCGUCUGAGAAGGCGGAGCUGAAAAAGAAGGCAGGAGUCAGCUUCACAGAGUUACUUAAGGGACACCUUUCGACUGUGAUUUUGACUGAGGACUUUGAGACCGCCGAUAACCAGGCCAGAUCUGCUGGUUCGACCAUGAACAUGGUGUUGACGCUCUCUACAGGACCCAUCGAGGAGUUCUUGAAGAGGACUGAUCAUCGCGCCAGGAUCGUCGGAACGGUUUCCUGCAGAGCCCUGUCUGACCAGCCCAUGAUGAUCGAGACUGGUGUGUUUACGGUUUUCACUGGCACAGAGGACGACCCUGCGGACGAGUGCGCGAUCCUGUACAAGAUGAUCCUUCUUUGCGCCUCUGGCGACCGCUACCUAUUCGAGGGUCGCAAGCCCAUUUCAACUGGUCAUGUCCUGGAGGGCUGGAUCAAGCCCUCACGCAUCCUUGUGACAGUGUACAAGAUUGAGGAUGGCGCUGAAAAGGUCGUUGGACGGGGCAAGCUGGGCGAGCGCGAUGGCGACUUUUUCAGCCAGAUUUCGGCACUCCGCGGCGACACAACCAGUGUUACAGCUAACUUGAGGGCUAUCAAGGAAUUUGGUGUGUCGACGAUCAGCGCUACCGUCAAGACUUACUUGCCCUUCUUGAACGACCUCAAAUAUCCAGAGGAUACGCAUACUCGUAAGACCUUCCCACGCCAGCGUCCAGAAGCACAAGUGUUUGAGGUUGUCUCCUCUGAUGGCUUCCACACUCGCUUGACCCGCUACAGGGGCAAGAAGGGACCCGUUCUUCUGCUGCAUGGCGCCUCGGUCAGCUCGGAGAUAUUCGCCACCAAUUUGAUCCCUCACAACCUCUGCGACUUCCUCUUGGCUCACGAUUACGACGUCUGGCUGUCCGACUGGCGCAUGUCCGUCCUUGUUAAGGACUCUCGUCGCCAAUCUCCCGUCUAUGGUGGCGCCCACGACCAUGCCGCUGCGGUCAAGGUCAUCUUGAAAGAGACUGGCGUUAAGAACAUCCAAGUUGUUGCUCACUGUGUUGGAUCGGUCACCCUGUGGGCCGGUAUGCUGAACGGAGAGAUCGAGGGUGUUGGAUCCGUCGUUUCCUCUCAAGUUGCUACCCAUCCUCUGGUCACGGUCGCCAACAGAAUCAAGCAGAACUUGCAGCUUGUGCCGUUGUUCGAGAAGGUGCUGCGACAGGAUGAGUUCGAUUGCGUUACUCAUUCGGGUUCUGCAUCAUCCUCGGAUAAUGAAGACGCGAAGCCAGCGGAGGCCAAUAAGCCAGCGGAAGCCAACAAGCCAGCAGCGGGCAAGGUGACCCUGUUGGAUCGCGCGGUUGAUAAUGCAUUGCGUUUCAUGCCCAUGCCUCUGCACGAGUACUGCAACAAUGCUGUUUGCCACCGCGCCUCUUUCUGCUUUGGACUACUCUGGGAACACGACAAGCUGUCGAAGAACUUCCACGACAACCUGGACGAAAUCCUGGGCUCCAUCAACAUUGAGUCGUUGAGGGGAUUAGUGAUGGGGUGGUGCAAGCAGCAGACACUGAUGGACACGGAGGGCAAGAAUCUGGUGACGGAGGAGAACUUGAAGAAGGCCUUUGAAAACGUCCCUGUGCUCCUGAUCCAUGGUGCAAAGAAUCAGGUGUUCGUCCCCGAGUCGACCUUGAAGACUGUUGAGAAGCUCAGGGAUCUGUUGCCGAUGACGAAUAUGGCAUCCGACUACAAGGGGAUGUAUAGGAGAGAGGUGAUUCCGGGCUAUGGUCACUUGGACUGCAUUGUCGGCGACAGGGCGUACAAGGAUGUGUACCCAUUCAUCCUCGACCACCUCGAGUCGCAUCUGAAGACCACUGGUUACGAGGCUUCCCGAGAGGAAUAGAGGAUCCAACUGUAAAAAGAAGAGAACAAGGAAUAGUGUAUAACCUCAGAAGAUCGGAAUAAAAAAAGCUGUGAAUCGUCG